UCGGAUUGAAUUACAGUGCGGUUACUUAUACUUUUAAUAGUUUUUUUUUAAUAUUUGAAAAAUUGCCAAAUGUUGUUAUCAACGGAUUAAUAGAGCUUGGAAUAAGAUAUAUUUUGUGAAAUUCGUUAGACAAUUUUGUAAAGCAGAAACUGAGGAUAGAAUGUUAAAAUGGAAAUGGAUAGUCGUACAAAAUCAUAUACCAAAUACUAUGCUGAAGAACAAAUGAAAAACCGUAUGAUGUCGCCUCUAGCGGAACCAAACCACUACCCGCCAUUAACAGAUAACACAUCAGAAAGAAUUUAUAUCGUGGCAUUAAAUUGGCUGUCAAAUGUCGCUGAUAUAUACUUCAUGAAAAACGACAAUUUGGUGAAAGUUGAUCUUGUAACUAUAUUUGCUACGAAGCUACUGGUAUACUUAAAAGACUUGUUUGGUUUAAUUGAUCAGCAAUCGUGUCACUUUGUUCGAAAUGUAAAGAUAAUAGACGCCAAAGAGGUUAGACCAGGCGAUAUUAUUUUUACACCGGAUCACAAUUAUGUUAUUGUCAAAGCUGUAAAAAGCAGCCAUAACAACAAUAGGUCAUCGGAUUGCAAACGAAUAAGUAUAGAAGUAGUCCAUGCAGUAAAAACCAAUUUGCUCGCUUCAAAGACGAUUUCAAAGACUACAUUCUCGUCUACAUCAGAACAGGCAAUUGUUGCUGUUAGUACUAACAAAGAGGUUCAAACACGGAUCAGAUUUGUUGAUGCAGCUCUGCGUUCAGUUGGAAAUAUUUUACUGCACCGCUCAAAAAGUCUUGAAUUCUUAGAGGAAUCCUAUGACAUUUGCUCAUUACAAAUUCGACAUAGAAGAAUUUUAAGCUAUAAAGAAUUAAAACCAGGAGACAUUAUUCUGUUCACAAAUAAAAAUCUGAUUCGAAGAGGUAUUGUUGUAAACAUGAAAAAUGCACCAAACAAUGUUCUUCAUGCCAGUCUAUAUCAUAUCACCGAUAGCGGAUUUGUAGCUGAAACAGAAAGUGCAUACAAUUUAGAUCAAGUAUCACUAGUACAAUAUGUGUACAACGAUUUGGAUUCAGUCAUACGUAAUCGGGUUCUAUAUACGGCAGACCAAACUAAAGGAAAACGAGCAUUCCAGCCAUCUCCAUUGAUGUCAAUGAAGUUCGUUUUGGGAUGCAUGUCUGGUGACUUUGUUCUGUCAAAACACUUACGAGUCUUCAUAGGUCUACAAGAAAUAAAGUUGAAAACAUGCGCGUUCAAAAGAGUGGAAAACAUUGCAAAAUGGAUCGAAAAAAACACUAGUUGUGACAUUCGUGAUGAAAUAAGAAGCAGAAUUUCAGAUAUAGACUUCAAUCCAAUAAUAUGUGUCCUUUCCAACACAGAUGGAGAAACAAAGCCGUUCAAAUUAUUUGAUAAUUCCGACAUCCUCGAAAUGAAAAAUGCGACGUUCACAUCUUUGCAUAGAGCCAAAGAAAAAUUCAUGUACAAAUGCAGACUCAAAAAUAAAAAGGGGAAACCUAUCAUUGCUAUUUUGAUGCUUACGACUAAUGAAACACAUCAUUUAUCUGAACAGGAUAAAAGUAUGGUAGAUCUGCUGAAGGAAGCGCAAGAUUUAAUUGACAGUGAUGUAAUCUUUACGAUUCAGAGGACACAAGUGCAGCAUGAUUUUGAUGUUCGAAAAGAAGUCAGUGAGGCUAUUCAAAAGCGUCUGAUGCCUUCUUCAGUACAAAACACAAUAUAUCCAAAUGUUUUCUUUGAAGACGAUUCUGACAUACAGAAGCGCAUUGCAUUAUUAGUCGAACAGAUAAUAAACAGACAAAUACAGCAACAAACAAAGUUUCUUGAAACUUUACAAAAUGAAAAGGCAGACAAUGGAAGAGAAAAAAGAAACAACAUAGCGGAAUAUGCAAAACAAAUGAAGAGGCUAUGUUCUUUUGUUCCAUCAGAGAAAAUGGAUGCUUAUUCCCGACACAAAAUUGAAGUCGUAUUACAAAGAAACCCUGAUGUCUCUGCAUUUUCAUAUAAAAUGGGAAAGAUGCAAAUUUUUGCGAAAGAUGAUUCAGCUCUCCGUGAUUAUGUUGCUCAAUUUAUAUCAGAAAAUAAUCUUGAAUUGGAAGUAAAACCAUGGCCAGGUGAUCCAAGAGUGGAUAAUUAUCAUUUGAAACAAGGGAGCAAAAUAAGUAGAACAACUGACCAUAGUCAUGAAUACGGAACGCUUGGAUUGUUUGUUCGUGAUGCUGUAGGGAAUACAUACUUUACAACAUGCGGACAUGUUAUUCCUAAAAGCAAAGAGGCAUUUACGGAAACAGGAGGAUACGCCGUUGGAAAAAGUUUAUUUGCACCAGAACAAACUCGCUUUUCGCUGGUCAACACCCUUGACUUAUCUCUUGUUCGUGUGUACAAAGAAAAAGAAGAAAUCUGUAAGUUUGGAUUGCGAAAUCCCGAUGACAAAUUAAUAACUGGAUCCGUGUCGGCAGCAGAUGCCUGUGAAAUGGAAGAUAUGAAGGUAUAUAAAUGGGGGGCUAGCACACAACUAACAAGAGGAACUUAUAAAGGAUCAAUUUGCGUCAAAAAGGGUGAAAAGUUUGAUAGUUGUAUUCAUUAUAUUGAAGGAGCCAUAGACAAGAGUAAAUUUGCAAAGGAAGGAGACAGUGGAUCUUUAAUAUGUUUUGAAGCAACAGGUUCGCCGCAAUUUCCCGGUGAUACUGCAGCUUUUAUUUUUGUAGGUAAAUGUAAUGGUGAGGAGUACGUAUCUGUUGAAAACGAAUCUUUUCCAGGAUAUUGUUACCAAGUGUCCGAUGUUUUUAAUUGUUCGAUUGAAGAAAUUGGAAAUCUCGAACCUAUUUUUCAACCAAACAAUAGUAAUGGCACAGGAAGUAUUCAGCAAGGAUCAGAACUGUGUUCCGGUGACUAAGUAUGAAAUAAAAACAAAAACGACAGGAGAUACCAAAAGGAUCACAUACUUAUAAACUCAUUAAUAGAUAUAAGCCAACCUUUUAUUUGUUUCAAAAUCUUGUUAAAUGAUACAUUUGUUUUAUAAAAAAAUUAGUAUUGUACUUGUUUUAUUUUCAAAUAAAAUGAUACCAAAAAAAAAGAA